CAGCGACCAUCUUGAUCAAUUACAAUUUUUCCUUUACGGUGAUUGUUUACCAGCUUGCAACAGGUCAGUGAACGCAGCACAGCAGGCGAACGUCAGUAUUCCUCUCACACACACGGCGUCUUUCUGCGGCCAUGGUAACACUCCUCAUCAGCGGACCUCGAACUCAGAUAAUUAAAUAAAACCAAGUGCUUUUCACACAGCUAAUGUUCAUCAUGGAUUUAGCAGAGAUAUGUGACAAUGCCGAGAGAGGUCGUGAGUAUGCUCUACUGGGAAACUAUGACUCCUCCAUAGUAUACUACCAGGGCGUCCUUCAACAAAUCGACAAGCACCAUCAGUCCCUCAGAGACCCCGCACUCAAAGUUAAAUGGCAACAAGUCAGGCAGGAACUCAACGAGGAAUAUGAGCAGGUGAAAGGCAUCAUGGGAACACUGGAGAGCCUAAAGUUAGGGAAGCCAGCGGAUGCACCUGCACCUUUUGCGCUUCAGUAUGACGAGAGACCAGAGGAUCCAGUCGUCUGGCCUCCACCCAUCCCUGCAGAACACAGGAACCCUGUUGCAGGGAAACGUCCCACUAGUGCAAUGAAACAGCAGAGAAGGGACUCUCCAGGUCUCCAGAAUCGAGGGGUGGUACCAGGAGGUCGCGGUCAGGCAAACCCUAAACCUGAUCGGCCGGGACACAGAGAUGCGCGAGGCACAAAGGCCAAAGACGAUAAGGGAAGGAAAGGAGCUGGAGACUCACCAGGAGAUGUCGAUCAGAAGAAAUUUGAUGGCACAGGUUAUGACAGUGACCUGGUGGACAUGCUGGAGAGAGAUAUUGUGUCCCGCAACCCUAAUGUGCACUGGGGGGACAUCGCUGAUCUGGAGGAUGCAAAGAAGCUGCUUAGAGAAGCUGUAGUUUUACCCAUGUGGAUGCCUGACUUUUUUAAGGGUAUUCGUCGACCCUGGAAGGGUGUGUUAAUGGUCGGACCUCCAGGAACAGGAAAGACCCUGUUAGCCAAAGCUGUGGCCACAGAAUGUGGAACCACUUUCUUCAACGUGUCCUCCUCCACCCUUACGUCCAAAUACAGGGGCGAGUCUGAAAAACUUGUUCGACUGCUGUUCGAAAUGGCCAGGUUUUAUGCACCAACAACCAUCUUUGUAGAUGAGAUUGACUCCAUAUGUGGCAGAAGAGGAACAUCAGAUGAACAUGAAGCCAGCCGUAGGGUCAAAUCAGAACUUCUAGUACAGAUGGAUGGUGUGGGGGGAGCAGCGGAGAAUGAUGACCCCUCUAAGAUGGUGAUGGUUCUUGCGGCCACCAACUUCCCCUGGGACAUUGAUGAGGCAUUACGACGACGCCUUGAGAAGAGGAUCUACAUCCCCCUGCCCACAGCUGUGGGCCGUGCAGAGCUCCUAAAGAUCAACCUGAAGGAAGUGGAGGUCGCUGCUGAUGUGGAUCUGGACGUCAUCGCUGAGAAAACGGAGGGCUACUCUGGAGCAGAUAUCACCAACGUCUGCAGGGAUGCAUCCAUGAUGGCAAUGCGUCAUCGGAUCCAUGGCCUGGGCUUGGAGGAGAUCCAAGCUCUCUCUAAAGAUGAGCUGCAGAUGCCUGUGACAAUGGAGGACUUCACACUCGCACUCAAGAAGAUCUCCAAGUCAGUCUCUGCUGCUGACCUGGAAAAGUACGAAGCUUGGAUGGCGGAGUUUGGGUCAGUAUAGACAAGAAAACCAUUUAGAGGAGAACAGACCCUUUAAAGGAGGGCUUGUAAACUCUAGUCCACACGAGAGAACUGGUGCCCAUGAGAAAACAUAACUUAAUCUCCUUUCACUUAAUUUCCUUUUGUUGCACCUUUUAUACAACUGUCCAUGUCGUCCAGCUGCACAGACUUAAAUGAGCUGAGCAAGAAUUUAAAAAUACUAAGAAUUAAAGGUACAAAAAUGCAAAACUGAGCACCAGACCAAAACAAGAGUAUUGCGCAAAUGAAAACAAACCAUAAAUACAGAUUUGUGCUAUUUUGAAUGCAUCAAGUUACUUAAAAACCACAAGCAGAACCAGAGGGCUGCCUUCAGCUGGACACUGUGGACUACUUUCUGACAUUACUGUAUGGCUUGUUACCUGCUGUGUUUAGUGCUGUGUUCAAGUGGAAUAAAAAAUUAUGGAAUGGAAACCGUUUACACGAUAUCCUGAACUCUGAGCUUUCAGAAAACAUGUGUGAGUGUUCUAAUGGCUUGCCUCUUGAACACAACAUGAUUAUAUACUGUCCAGCAGACUGCCUGCCAAAACAGAGGCUUGAUGACGUGACAUCACUCAAUACUCUACUACUAUGUACAUAUUUACAUAGUUAUUAAUUAUUGUUUGCUGACAUCUUGUGAAGUUUAAUGUCGCAUAUUGCACCUUUAAGUCAGUUUACUUGAAGUCAAGAACACUGUAAUAAUAAACUCAGGAAAAAGCUAAUAAUAAUAAGUUCAUCUUGAGUUUGGAUUAUUUUUGUUAAGCUAUGUUUUUUAGUGUGCAAGGUACACCACACAAAAAAACAAUUUAGAGACUCAGUCUCGAAAUUACACAUUUCUGGUGAUCUAUCACAAUAGUAACAUCAAAUUCAUAUUAGUAUUUGGCUGCACUUAUGACCAUGCACAGCAUCUGUUUAAGACUGUUUAAAAUUGGACUCUCAAUGUACAUGUACCUGUAUUUUUGGUAAAGACUGAAGUAACAUAGGAAACGUGUCCAUUUGCCUGUUGCACCAUCCUAACUGCACAUACAGGUGUGUUCAAAAUAAACUUAAUGUUGGCUGUUGAGGAUCUUUACUAUUUUACAUGUUACUUUUAAGAUUUCCUGAGAAGCACUGAGUUGUAAAAGACCUUUUUUAUUAUAAUUGUUUUGAAGAUGACGUCCAAAUCCCUCACUUGAGCAUUACAGAAUUGUAUCACUAUCAAUGUCAAUUAUUCAUUUUGUUUGCAAUGUGACAAAAAUAUACAGCUAAGAAAUAAAAACGCAUGAAUAUUAUAGUCUAUAAAUAAUUUUGCAGCACAGUGAGACCCAUAGAAUAACAUAUUGUGUUAUCUAAUGUAUAAUGUGUCCUUGUGUGUCUCUGUCAACUAAUAAAAGAGGUGAUUACAACCUG